UGAUGGGAUGCUGGCGGAAUGUUUGAGGCGGGCUCUUCGGGGAGACCCAGGUGUCGGGACAACGUCCACGGGCCGCUAGUCCUUAUCACCACAGCAUUAUAACACAUCAGCAUUAGUCGCUGCUGAGCCAUUUUGGACACAGUGGUCGACGCGGCGCGGCUCGGCUCUCUCUCUGCUCUCUCUCUCUCUCUCUGUCUGCAGGAGAAGAUACACGGAAGUUGUUUGAUGGCGACUAUUUUCCACAAGUUGACAAUGAAGACCAGCGUUUUUCUGCUGCUGCUCGCAGCUUUCACCUGCGGACUCGCACGGGGAGAGGAGCAGGCGGCCGAGGAGGUGCAGGUGGAGACCUUGGUGAAGCCCGAAACUUGCUCUGUACUUUCCAGAAUGGGAGACACGCUGAAGAUCCACUACACGGGCAAACUGCUGGACGGCAAAGUUAUCGACUCGUCUCUGUCCGUGGAGCCUCUUGUCGUGGAGCUGGGGAAGAGGACGGUCAUUGCCGGUCUGGAACAAAGCUUGGUUGGCGUGUGUGAAGGGCAGAAAAUCAAAGCCACUAUUCCAUCUCACCUUGCAUAUGGAAAGAAAGGUUACCCACCUACAAUUCCAGGUGAUGCUGCUCUUGAGUUCGAGGUGGAGGUGGUGUCUCUGAUGCAGCAGACGCCGUGGCAGAAAAUGGUCAACGACGUGUUCCCCCUCGUGUGUUUGGCGCUGGUGCCCACUUUGCUCGGCUUGGUGGGACUUUACCUCUACAAGAAGGCCAGCGUCGAGAAGCCGAGCAAAAAGAAGGCAAAGGAUAAGAAGAGCAAGAAGAAAUAAUGACAGCAGCGCAGAACUAUUUAAAUAAAGUUUUUUUUAAUUCUA